AUGUACCGUUUAUUUGCGUAUGCACUCCUACUCAAUAUAAUUCCAGGGCAUUUCUGGCAUGAUAAGCAAAAACAUGGCUGCGGCUACAGCUAUGACCAUCGCAACCGUAUUCAACAGAAAAAGCAUCGUCACCAGGAAGUCAGCGACUUCGAGAGACUCUCGCAGUGUGUCAAAACCGCUGACCGGAUCCUGAAGACCAGCUGCACGCAGAGUCCGUACAGCAGGACUCGAGAGUUCCUGGGCGUGGAAUUUUACUCGCUAAAGUAUAACCUCCAGGAGUUCCCAGAGAACACCAUUUCGGUCAAGGUCAAGAACCGCGUGAUAUACGUAAGAACAACCCAACAGGGUAUACCGGACUUCACAGACUUGAGAAUCCUGCCGCAAUUCGUCAAUUCGACUGAUGCAGCCUGGUACUUUGAUAAUGGCAUGCUCACAGUGCUGUUUUCUUAUAAGAACAAACCAAAAACGGAGGUCGCAUUGGAUUGCGUCGAAAUUGAUAACAAAUUAAUCGUCGUGGCCAAGAUGACACUUUUGAAGUUCUUAGGGAAACAG